AUGUCGACUGUACAAGAAAUUGCAUUUAAAUUUGAUUAUUCGGCUAAAAGCUUGACUGCUUUCACUGAAGAACUGUCAGAAAAUGAAAACGUUCAAGACCAACUAGAACGCCGAACAAAGUUGAGAACACUGUGUGAAACUCGUUGGUCAAGCCGGGCAGAUUCGCUGUAUACAUUUCGAACAGCAUUUGAAGUUGUUGUCUCUUCCCUGAAUUCACUUAAAGACGACAACGAUGACAAAGCAGCACAGAGUAUGAAUGCGAUACUUCGAUUUGAAUUUAUUAUUAGUCUUGUUGUUGCUGAACACAUAUUGAGCGCAACAGUCGCCUUUACAAAUUACUUACAGAAAACCGAUAGUGAUUUGAUUGAAUCUUUGACAGAGGCUAAAAUUGUAAUUCAAAGGCUUUCCGAUGAAAGAGGUGAUGAUACAGUUUGGGAGUCCUUGUUUGCAAGAGCAACAGAUAUUGCAGCAGAACACGACAUCCAGCCAUCAGUUCCGCGUGUGGCUGGACGUCAACGACACAGAGCUAACCAUCCAAUUCUUGAGCCGUCAGAUUAUUGGAGAGUUUCGUUAUACUACGUGUUUCUCGACCACUUGGUUACUGAGAUUACCAAGCUGUUGAUUAGCAACGAGGAACGCUUCCUUGCCUCUUAUCUCAUUCUGGCCAAAUUAGGGAACUUGACUCCAGAAAUAGCAGACAAAAUCUACAACUCUUACCGUUCGGAUUUAGUGAAUAUGAAAAAUGAAGGCACAGACAGCACGCGAAGAAUUCCAGAAAGGGAAAAAUGGAACAAUAAAAUAGAGUAUUCUUUGUCGAUUAUUGGUUUCUUGGUCGGAUUAGGUAACCUCUGGCGUUUUCCUUACAUCUGUAUGAGAAAUGGAGGAGGAGCGUUUCUGAUACCAUUUUUAUUUUUCCUGAUAUUUUGUGGCAUACCACUAUUUUUUAUUGAGACCGCAAUGGGACAAUUCAGCGGCAAAGGAAUGCUUCAAGUAUGGGACAUUUGUCCAAUGUUCAAAGGUCUUGGGUUUGGAUUCCUGGUACCAAAUUUGAUGUGGAAUGUAUAUUAUACGGUACUUUUCGGAUGGGCUUUGUACUAUAUCGGGAACUCAUUUAUCAGUCCUUUGCCUUGGACAACAUGCGAUAAUGAAUGGAACAGUCCUAACUGUGCAUUAGAUAGUAGUUUCAUUGGCCGUCUAGAAAACUCGGACACAUUUUCUUACCUUGAUACAAAUGGAACAGACAAUGCGACUCGCCAUCUCAACAUCACUUCAUCGCUGACAUUGACUAAUCAAAAUGUUUCUUGGAUAACAGCUCAAGAGGAAUUUUGGCAGAUCAAUGUGCUACAGAUGUCGACUGGUAUACAUGAGAUUGGUCACCUAAACUGGCGAAUAAUUAUUUGUUUAUUAGGUGGGUGGGUACUGAUCGGCUUUUGUAUAUUCAAGGGAGUCAAAUCUGUUGGAAAGGUGGUAUACGUUACAGCUACACUGCCCUAUAUACUACUAACAAUCAUACUGAUCAGAGGUUUGACUUUGGACGGUUCAAUAAAUGGUGUUAUUCUGUAUUUACGACCAGACUUUAGCAAGCUGUUGAAAACUCAGAUCUGGAUUGAAGCCGCGCUACAAGUUUGUUACUCGCUAGGACCAGGCAGUGGGAUUCUUAUAACACAAGCGAGCUUCAAUAAGUUUGACAAUAAUUUAAUCAGGGACUCCAUAAUGUUCUCUUUGAUCAGUGAAUUCACCAGUAUUUUUUCAGGGCUUGUUAUUUUUACUGUCCUUGGCUUUAUGGCUGGACAGGUGUCAAUUCCUUUGGAGAAAAUUGUGAAAGGAGGCCCAGGACUGGCAUUCAUAGUGUACCCCGAGGCUUUAUCAAAACUUCCUGGCGAAAAUGUUUGGUCCUGUAUAUUUUUUGUUAUGAUUCUUUGUGUUGGUCUAGAUAGCCAUUUUGUAACAGUAGAAGCCCUUAUUGGAGUUUUAACAGAUGGUUUCCAUAGACUACGAAAUAGACGUGAGCUCGUCACUGUAGUCUGGUGCAUUGGAAGCUUUGUUUUAGGAUUAAUAUUUUGUACACAGGGUGGAAUAUACAUAUUUCAAUUAAUUGACUGGUAUGUUGCUGCCCUAUCACUACCUAUAAUAAGUUUCCUGGAAUGUAUCCUAUUAGGCUGGAUUUAUGGUAUGGAAAGAUUUUCAAAAGAUGUCAACCUAAUGUUAGGACGAGGAAUUCCGAUAUUUUUUAGAGUCUGUAUUAUGUUUGUAACACCUCUUAUAAUGUUUGUUCUGAUUAUUUCCACGCUUAUUGGAUACCAGCCACCUACAUACGGCAGUUACAAGUAUCCUAAAGUGGCUGCCACCAUUGGAAUGAUGCUGUCUAUCCUGCCUAUAGUACCUAUUGUCAUAUUUGCUUUGGUUGCAAUCAUUCAGGCUGAGGGAGACUCAGUUUAUAAAAAAAUAUCAAAUGCCUUGAAGCCAACAUCACAAUGGAAACCAGCUGGUCAAGAAUAUGAGGUUGUACGUGAGGAGAAUAACGUGAAUAACAUGAAUGCACUGGAGAAAAUCAAACUGAACCUACUGGGCGAGACAAUUUAACCUACUGGGCGGGACAGUGUAACCGCCUGGGCGAGACAAACUUAUGAACAGAUGACAUUAAAACAUAAUGUAUAAUGAUUCAGAUAUAAAGAUGAACAAUUUAAUAAUUACGGCUGUUUCAAUAUUGUAAUUAUCACAGUGUGUUACCUUGUAUUAAAAAUAUAAACACAAUGGCGGUGCCUUUUC